AUGAGCGUUCGAGUCGUCGCCCGAGUCCGACCCCUCCUGAAGGCCGAACGUGAAUUGGAUAUCAUUCUUCGCACUGGAGCAUCAUCCGCCCCCGUGGAUCUCAAGCAGUCAGCCAACGGCGACCGCAAAUUGGCAGCAUUGAGGGACCGGGAUAACGUGGUACGGAUCCCGAAUCCCAAGAACGAGGGCGAAGAAUAUACAUUUCAGUUCAAUGCGGUAUAUGAUUCCGAUGUGGCACAGCAGGAACUAUUCGAUGCCGAGGUUGCGCCCACAAUUAAGCACCUCUUCAAUGGAUUCGAUGUAACGCUCUUUGCAUAUGGUGUGACUGGGACUGGAAAGACGCACACGAUGCGUGGUGGUAAAAGCCUCGCAGACCGUGGUGUCAUUCCCCGACUCCUGAGCGGCAUCUACCGACGAAACCGGAAAAUCGAGAAGGAUAGCAAUGGCGAGACUACUGUUCAAGUGGCACUAAGCUACUAUGAAAUCUAUAAUGACAAGGUCUAUGAUUUGUUCGAGCCACCUGAGAAGCGCACUCUGGCAGGCCUUCCUCUUCGCGACAAUGGGGGCAAGACAGUCGUUUGCGGCCUUACUGAGAAGGCGUGCACCAGUUUGAAGGAGUUCGAAGGGCUGUAUGAUCAGGCGAACAACAAUCGCUCCACCUCUGCGACCAAGUUGAACGCACAUUCGUCUCGUUCCCACGCCAUCCUCGGAGUGAAGGUGACAAUUUGCUCCGCCGAACAGACUCGAGUCAGCACGGUAUCCGCGAUCGAUCUUGCAGGCUCGGAAGACAACCGAAGGACGGAAAAUGACAAGGAACGAAUGGUCGAGUCGGCCAGCAUCAACAAGAGUCUGUUCGUUCUCGCACAGUGUGUCGAGGCCAUUACCAAGAAGCAGCAUCGUAUUCCAUACCGCGAAUCCAAAAUGACGCGAAUCCUGUCUCUGGGUCAGAACAACGGGCUGACCGUCAUGAUUCUCAAUCUGGCACCAGUCCGGUCGUACCACUUGGACACCAUUAGCUCCUUGAACGUAGCCAACCGCACAAGGAAGAUCGAGGUGCGAGAAAUCGAGAAUGAUCCUAUAUUCAAAGGGCCUGCCAGACCAGCUCCACGACCAUCAAUGGCGAGCUCCCGUCAGCCAUUGCGACCGCUCACUGCUUCUGUCAACGUGAACAUGCCAGUCCCUGCAAAGGAUCCGGCCGCGAAGGACGAAAGCAAGCCUAUUAAGGCUUUUAGUGUCUUCUCUGACCGGCCUAAACCUGUCACCCAGAUUCGGAAAUCAGAAAUUCCUAAAAGACCUUCUCUGGCUCCAGAGGCACCCGCUACGCGCUCUCUGAAACCGCCUCGCCAGCCCCUUACGGUGAAUAAUCCUCCAUCCAGUCAUGCGGAUCUUUCUGCUGCUCGAAUUGAAGAGAUGGUAGAAAAGAAGGUCGAGGAACUUCUUGCUGUUCGGGCCGAGAGCGAACUGUCAAAGCAGACUCAAGUCCGCGAACUGAACAACCAACUUCAGCGUCGUUUGGAGCUGCUUGAGCAGCGGAUCGAAGGUACCGAGGAUGAUCGGGCAGAGGGCCUCUCUUACUUGCUUAUGGCCAAGCAGCACCAGGCGCGUGGGGAAAACGGCUCUGCAUUGAGAAUGUACCAACUAGCGCUCCCACAUUUCCCACACAACAAUAAGCUGGUCGCCAAGAUUGCCGCUUUGAAGAAGCGCAUGCAAGAUAAGCCUUCAAGACAGUCUUCCACCCCUGCUUCUCCUCCCAAGGAGAAGCUUGGAAGCAUGCUGUCUCUCAAGAGAGAGUCUACUCUUACUAUUCUUGGAAAGCGUCAAACUGAGGCAAUUGAUAACGACUAUGAGAAUAAGGUGGAAAAUGAUGGGUUCUCAAGUGACGAAGAAGACAUUCCUCGGCACAAGAAGCGCGCUACAUCCAAAAGCGUUCGCCAAAGUGGAGCUGAGCUUGAGGAUUUCGACGAAUACGAGAACGGCUCUCUAUCUCCUCGAACCAUGCAUCUGUUGUCGAUUAUCAACUCGCGGGAUGUGAGCCAGAUCAAGCUUCUGAAGGGCGUCGGUGCGAAAAAGGCAGAGGCUCUUGUCGACUGCCUCUGUGAGAUGGAUCAGUCCUCUACUGAUCUGGUAUCGGACCAGCCUAUGUUCCAAGUGGAGAGCUUGGCGCAGCUGAGCACCCUGAAAGGAGUUGGCGUUCGAACCGUUGAGAACAUGCGAAACGGAGUUUUGGUCUAA